CCGGGUACCGUCUCCAACCGUCAUGUAGUGGUGGUACUGCCACUUUCCAGCCAGAAUGACCAUUGGCGGUUUCAAAACCGGAGGAUUGUUCGGGAAGUCUUCAGUCUUCUGAUAGACGUUGACGGUUUCAAUUGUUCUACUUGUUUGAACGGUACGCGGUUAUUUUCCUUUAAUCUACUAUGAAGAGGAGUGUGGUGUACUUGCUGCUUGUAACCCUUUUCGGUUACAGUUCGUGCCAAAAGAGCAGCCAAGAGGACCCUUGUCAAACCAAAGCUAGAGUUGUAGGAGAUGAAACAUACUGUGAUAGGUAUUGGGAAUGUGUGAAUGGUCAACCGGAACUUUAUGACUGUCCUAAUGGUUUAGUUUUUGCUGGAAAGAAUCGAGGAGUGACUGAAGGCUGUGAUUACCCAUGGAGGUCGAACUAUUGUGAUGGAAAACAGCAGGCCAAUCCACCAAUUGGUACCGAGCAUUGUGGUUGGCUGUAUGGCAUAUUUGGCCACGAAACUUCUUGCACACGGUACUGGACCUGCUGGAAUGGAACAGCAACCGAGCAGCUGUGCAUUGGUGGUCUGCUUUACAAUGAAAGGACGCACGCAUGCGAUUGGCCAGAAAAUGUAGAUGGAUGUCAAAAGCACCCUCUGUGCAAUGAUGACCCCAAUGGAAACGUUCCACUUGGAAAGUCCUGCAACAGGUACUGGCAGUGCCAGGGAGGAUACCCGCGACUCCAGCGCUGUCCGGCAAUGUUGGUGUUUGACAGGUAAGCCAAUCACGUAUAAGUGCGGUAACCCAAUAACGAUACCUUACAGAUAUACCAUUCAACUGAGCACAAAACAAGCUCUCUCAUUAAUUAGUAUCUCUUGGAGUCUAUGUAGUAUAUAAGUAUAGAGUGAAAUGAGUCAUUCUGCCAUGCAUAAAAAUACUAGUUAUCUACAAGUUUUGUAGUUAUGGAAUUUCCCAGCACUACAGUAUAUCUAAAAUCCGUAAGGUUUUAUUACAAUUCACUGGCACAAAUGAUUCGAUAUUUCCUUUAAAGACAAUUUUGUAAGAACAGUUAAUUUCAUGGAGGGGUAAAAUCGAAUCUUUCAUUGUUGAUAAUUCAAAAUUCAAUGGUUCUCGCUGUCAUCACAUUUUCCUGUAAAAGUUGUCGCUAUAUGGUUUUUGUUAUAACAGAUUGUUUUUUUGAUUUACAUCAACGAUCUGCCAAAUUGUAGCAGGAAUUAACCUAUAUUAUUUGGAGAUGACUCGACAUAAAUAUCCCCCAAUCAGAAUUUUGAACAGAUAUUAUUCUUCUGUUUCUUAAUAUUGCGAAAACGCAAACCCUUUUCCUCAGUACUCUUUCACACAAAAUUAAUUUAAUAGAUCCCGUGAAACUUCUUGGAAUGUUUAUUGAUGCAAACUUGGGAAUCACACAUCACUACUCAAUCAAAUAAGUUAUCUAAAAUAACUUAUAUGAUCCGUAGCUUAAAUACCUACGUAUCAAAAGCGACUUUGUUGACAGCAUGCUAUGCUUAAUUCUUAUCUAUAUUACAAUACUGCAAACUGAUUUGGGGACAUUCAUAUCAUGUUCAGAGACGAUGCUUCAGAAUAAUAGCAAACUUACACUUGAUUGAUCUAAAAAUUUUAACUAUACUAUGCAUAUAUAUACUGGGAUGUCUGAACCAUGUUAAAUAUAAUUAUUGUAAUUACAGAACUGCAAGAGAAAAUCACAAAUAUAACACAAGGUUCAAUAAUGAAUUAUUACCAGAAUACACAAGACGUAAAAACAAGACGCAGAAGUAAUUAUUUCGGUGUAAAAUUCUCCAAUGUUCUGCCCAAGUUUUGUCAAACAUCCAACCCAACCACUUCUUGAGCAAACUGUGAAAAAAUAGUGACGAAGGCUUUUCACAACACAGACGAGUUUUUAAAUGAUUUUCUCGACUUUGUUCCAUAAUUGUUGACCUUUAGUGCUCUGUGUUUGUUUUCGAUUUUGUUUGUGUUUUAUAAGUUUUUUUUAUUGCCUUUUAUUAUGCUUAGACUUUUCUCAACGUGUGUAAGUAGUGGAGAAACACGAAAAAUUAUUAUCAUCAUAGACGUCAGCUGUUGCGGUCUAAUAUGUUCAAUAUCUCUUCUGUAUCAUGCUUCUAAUUUCUAUUUCUCAAACAGUGGUAUAAUACGGUACUUGUGAUUGCCAAAACUCCUGACUUGAAUUUAUGAUGAUUUGUUGUAUUACUAAUAUUGAUGUAUAAUCUCCAAUGAAAGAACUUUUCGCUUGCUUCAACUACCUAAAGAUCUCUUGAAUGCUACAAAUAUUACGUAUUGUGAAU